AUGUCGGGUAUCGAGGUCAUAGGACUCAUAUCCAGUAUUAUCUCUAUAGUCGACACAGCUGUUAAGAUCCACAAUGCUCUUAAAGACGCCGAUCGCCUCCCACGGGCUUUUCAAGAGGUUGCAUUAAGGCUUCCGGUCGUCACAGACACCCUCACGGCUGUCAAGGGCCACCUAGAAGAGAAUGGCAUUGAUGAAGCGACCUUCCGGGCCAUCAUGCCCGUCGUCCAAGCCUGCGGUGAAAAUGCCGAAGCGCUGAAGGAUAUACUGCAAGAAGUCACGGUGUCCCCCGAUCACUCGAGGCUUCAGCGGUACCGUCUUGCCAUACGCAGACUCGGCAAGGGGUCCCAGGUAGAGGAGCUCAUGAAGGCGCUCUUGGAAAACGUCCAGUUGCUGGCAGGAAAUCGAGCCAUGCAAUCUGCCACAGGCGCUCAAGUUGGCGAAGUGCUUGAGGCCAUACAUGCACUGUCGGAAGUGCCUCCGUCAGCACCGGAUACCCCUGGGUCCAUGACCUUUUCUCACUACGGGACGGGCUCUCAAUUCAACAACGCGGACAGCGGGACCCAGAACAUCAACACAGGCAGCGGAAGGCAAUAUGUUGCCAACUCGAUGACUUUUGGGGCGGAUUGA